AUGGACGACUACACGGGUCUGUCGGACGCGGAGCUGGUGGCCGUGCUGCGCCAGUAUAACAUCCCGCACGGGCCCGUCGUGGGAUCCACGCGCAAGCUCUACGAGAAGAAGAUCAUUGAGUACGAGACCCAGAGGCGGAGACUCGCGCCCCGGAACUCAUCUCCCUAUCGGUUUUCGUCGGAUUUUGAUUCAGUAUCUGCAGACUCGGAUAAGUACGAUCUGCCCAAGAAAGAGGAUGCCUUACUUUACCAAAGCAAGGGCUAUGACGGCGACUACUACGAAGAGAGCUACUUGAGUACCAGGACUUAUGGGCAGCCCGAGUCGAUGGACUCAGGCCGGGACUUUCGGCAGAGUGGAGCCUCGCUCUCAGAUGCUGACACCUUCCACCGACAGGUGCGGGAAGACAGCCUUUUUACUUCUUCUGAGGAGGAGGACAAGGAGAGGGAUUGCCCCUCAUAUACCCAGGACAGUGCCUACCAGAACAUCGCGCACUACCGGCCCGUCUCCAGCAUCUCCAGGGGCAGCCUGGACCUGCCCUAUUACCCCACCACAUCCUCCACCUCUUCCACCUCCUCCUCUUCCUACUCUCCACCUUCCUGGCUCGCCCGCCGGGCCAUCCGGCCUGAAAAGCAGGCCCCAAGCACUGCUCUGGCUCACGAUCGCCAGGUCCCGUUCUGGGGCCAGCUGCUCUUGUUCCUGGUCUUUGCCGCCUUCCUGGUCUUCGUGUACUACUCUUUGCAGGCCGAGGAGGGCAGCCCCUUCUUGAUGGAUCCCUGA